ACAUGAGUAUGACUUUAAGAAAUGCAAGAAAGAUAGGUUUCUUUUUUUAGCACCAGACUCCCAUGAUUAAAAAUAGCGAAGAGGGUCUGCGAGCCCUGAAACUCCCCCAACAGACGCUCACAGUCCAUCCGCGCAACAAUAAUGAACUAAAGCAAGAGAAGGAAACUUUUAUCCGAGCGGUUAUACUGACAAUGACUCUCUGAGCAAACAAACAAACUUUAGUCUAGAUCAUUUACAGCCAUUUUGGCAGCUCCUCGGAGGCGACACGUGUGUCAUGUAAAGGCGUUUGCGCUCUCAGCACCGGUGACUCUUCACUCUUUCACAGUACAGCACUAGGAAGAGUGCAAAAAAUACGGAUGUAACACAAUGAACCACGUCGCGAACGACACGACGUAGCCUCGCUGUUUUUUGGUUAGAGUUGGAAACGUGUUUUCUUUUUCUUAUGCCUUUGCUGAAGGAAUAACUCUCCAAAGGAUCGGUUUUCAGACGUAAAGCAGCGUGUGUUUCUCAGAAGGAUUUAUUAAAGGUUACCAAUGGGGUCUCAAGGGCCAGGACGUAAAAGAACCCCCAGCAAAAAUGGGUUGACUGCCGAAGAAGAUGCCCUCAACGUGAUCGCAAAAGAGGCUGAAGCCCGUUUGGCAGCUAAGAGAGCAGCCCGUGCAGAAGCUCGUGAGAUCAGAAUGAGAGAACUGGAGAGACAACAGAAAGAGAUUUAUCAGGUGCAGAAGAAAUACUAUGGACUGGAUAACCUGGACAACAAAUGGGGGGACAUUGAGCAGUGGAUGGAGGACAGUGAGCGAUAUACACGUGUCUCACGGAGACAUGCUUCGGUGUCAGAUGAUGAAGAACGGAUGUCAGUGGGGAGCAGGAGCAACAUACGGUUGGAUUUGGAUGCGGCGGGUGCUUAUGGCGGGCUUCCCCAGGCCGCCGCCUCUCACUCACAUAAGAAGUCCAAGAAAAAGAAAAAACAUUCUUCUAAACCCAGCAAUGGCUAUGAUGAUGAUCUCAGCACAUUGUCUAGUCGGAGCUCCAGACUCAGUGAUGAGAGCAAAAUGACGCGCUCCUCUAGACUUGAUCUGCAGUCGAGUGCCUACUAUUCUUCUGAAUUGUACAGCAGCAGUAGUAGUUAUUCCUCUAAACAUCAAGUCCCUUCCUACAGUGGCUACCAGCUCCCUUUGCUGCACAGCAGGAAGCACAGGGGCUCUAUAUAUGAGGACAGUCUCUACAGUGGCUCUCGACGCUCCAGUGCUCGUGCUUCCUCUGAAUACAGUGGUUUCCUGGGCUCCAGCUCUAGGACUUCGUCCAGGGCAAAUUCUGCUUGUGGCAGCCCAGUGGAGGACUGCAGUAGCUCAGUGGCUAGUUUUAUGCGCAGCACAGCUAAUAUCAGUGGCCUUUCUAGAGACCUUGACCGCAUCAUCAUUCCUGACCUGCCGAAUGUUAAUGGGAGGCUGUCUAUGGUUGAUGACAAGUUAGAGCGAGACUACGUAGAAAAGGGCUCUUCACGAGCAUCAACUAUAUCUGGCGCCACUCUUACCUCUCUGGGUGGGACAUCCUCAAGGAGAGGAAGUGGAGAUACAUCCAUCUCUGCUGACACAGAAGCAUCCAUACGGGAAAUCAAGGAGAUCCAUGAGCUUAAGGAUCAGAUUCAAGAUGUGGAGGCGAAGCACAUGCAGAACCUCAAAGAGCUCAAGGAUUCCCUUUUGGAAGUGGAAGAAAAGUACCGUAAGGCCAUGGUGUCCAAUGCACAGCUGGACAAUGAGAAGACCAAUAUGAUGUAUGAAGUGGACACUUUAAAAGACUCUUUAAUGGAACUGGAGGAGAUGCUGUUUGAAACACGCCGUGAGCUUGAGGAAAAGUGUAAGGACCUUGAACGAGAGAAGCAUGCUCAUAGUAUACUGCAGUUUCAGUUCAGUGAAUUGAAGGAGACAUUGAAACAGAGUGAAGAACUGCUCACUGAGAUCCGUCAAUUACGGCUCAAGCAAGAUGGCUUUGUUAGGGAGAUUUCUGACCUCCAGGAAACUAUUGAGUGGAAGAAUAAAAAAAUUGGGGCAUUAGAGAGGCAGAAGGAAUUUUCUGAUGCCAUUCGAAAUGAGCGGGAUGAGCUCAGAGAUGAGGUUGUUCAGCUCAAAGAUAUUUUGAAGAAACAUGGUAUUGUCCUUGGACCCGACUUGGCCACCAAUGGAGAAACAGGGGAAGAAGUUGGAAAGGCUGAACAGAAUUCUCAAACAGCAUCAGCUGAAAUCCGAGAGGGGAGUAGUAUACUUGGCACUCAUCAGUUGAAGCUGUGUAAAGACCAGCAACAAAAAGAUUUGGAUGACAGGAUGCAAGGGAAUCAACAGUCUUCACAUGCCCCUUUCAGUUCUACAAAGACACCUUUAGAAGCAAAUAAGAAUGGAGACCUUGGGGACCAAAUGAAUCAGGGUGUAGGGCAGCUUGAGAAUAGACCUGAAGAACCUCCAAGUUCUGUUGGUGAGGAACUCACUGCAGCAAGACCCAAGGAGCAGAUCAAAUCUGAGGCACAUAUAAAGGAAGAUUCAAGAUCUGAUACUGAAGAAUUAGAGUGCAAAGUUCACAAGGAUGGACUUAUGGAGACAAAUCAACAAGAGAGCGAAUGUGUCAAACCUAGUAAGGAAAUCAAAGAGGAAACUCCUUUAGAGUCUGUCUCUGGUUCAAUCCAUGAUGAAACUGAUAAACCUGGUGAGGCUGUGCUUGAUGAUGAACUCAAAGAGGAAUCUGUGGAAUCAUCUCAAAUGGAGACACUCCCCAAAACACAGGGUGCCAGUGCUUCAAAUAAAAAAAAGAAAAAGAAGAAGAAAAACAAGCAGAAGCAGAAACAAAAUGACAAGCAAGAGAGUGAGACAAAAAUGGAUGAUAAGAAUGAAGUAGUUUUGAGUGAAGAUAAUUUAAACCAAGAAAUGGAAGGUCUGGAAGAAAACCAUGAGAAACCCUUAGGGAAUGACGUAUCCAAAACAACAAUGAAUGCAGAUGUCCCACGUGAUGAUAAAGGAACCAAUGAAUUGGACUGUGUUGAAAUAACAAGCACAAAUAUUAAUGCUGAUGAUGCUCAAGACAAAAUUCAGUUAGUUACAGAUGAAGCUGAUUCGGCAGAAAUUUCUAAAACCAUCUCAAAUUCCGAUUGCCCUGAAUCUAGCAAUGAUGUCCUUUUAGAUGAUCUGUCCAACGAUGUUAUCUCUAACCCUGCAAACAUUAUUGAUGACCACACUGAGGAUUCAACAAAUACUGAUCCAGAACCUGUAAUCCUCAGCAGUGAGCUUAUGGCUUCAGAAACAGAAACUUCACUGCCUCAUGAACCUUCUGCUCAGCCCAUGGAUACUGUUGGAGUGUGCGUUGAGUCCAUCAGCAGCUCUGAGAACAUUGAGAAUUCUUCAUUGGUAGGUGUCAAGGAAGAGAAGAGUCAUCUGGACUGUGAAGUAGAAGAACAGAAGGAAAGGCUCCAAAAUAUCGAUCUAGAUGGCGACACUAUCUUUGAAGAUCAAGAUAAGCCCGAUAAGAUAAGUUCCCCUGUGAUGGAGAAUGUGGAAAAUGAUGCUGAAAAUGUAAUCCAGGAACAACCUAUUGAUCAGCCAAUGGAAAGUCAACUUCCAGACAGUAUUGGAGCAGACGUGGACCAAGAGGAGGUUGAGACACAAGAUGAAGAACUAGAUGAAGAAAACCUUAAUGUGCCUAGUGAAAAAGUGUUUGAUGGAGGCCACGUUGAAGACAUUCCUUUAAUUGAAACACAGAUUCAGGUUAUACAUGAGGAUCAUGUGUCUUCCAAUGAAGCAAAUCAGGAAACGGUUGUAGAUUUAGAAGCUUCUGACCAAGAACCCAAGGUAGAAAAAGUUCAGGAGGAAAGAUCAAUCCAAGAUCAUGAUGGAUGCCAUGUUGAAGACAUUCCUUUAAUUGAAACACUGAUUCAGGUUAUACAUGAGGAUCACCUGUCUUCCAAUGAAGCAAAUCAGGAAACGGUUGUAGAUUUAGAAGCUUCUGACCAAGAACCCAAGGUAGAAAAAGUUCAGGAGGAAAGAUCAAUCCAAGAUCAUGAUGGAUGCCAUGUUGAAGACACUCCUUUAAUUGAAACACAGAUUCAGGUUAUACAUGAGGAUCACCUGUCUUCCAAUGAAGCAAAUCAGGAAACAGUUGUAGAUUUAGAAGCUUCUGAACAAGAACCCAAGGUAGAAAAAGUUCAGGAGGAAAGAUCAAUCCAAGAUCAUGAUGGAUGCCAUGUUGAAGACACUCCUUUAAUUGAAACACAGAUUCAGGUUAUACAUGAGGAUCACCUGUCUUCCAAUGAAGCAAAUCAGGAAACAGUUGUAGAUUUAGAAGCUUCUGAACAAGAACCUAAGGUAGAAAAUGCUCAGGAGGAAAAAUCAGUCCAAGAUCAGGUUACAAUUAAUGUGCAACUGCCUGAAGAUGAUGAAGACCUUCUGGUAAAGUCAGAUGUGGUUCUUCAAGAACUCAAGGAAAAAGAUGAGGAGGAGGAGGAGGAGGAGGAAGAAGACGAAGGAGAAUCAUUUGAUUUUGAUGAAAUGGACCUUGAAGCAUCAUCAGGUGCCCCUUUAAGAAACCUUCUAGAUCAACCAAAUGAGGACUCUGCUUUGUUAAAAGAAAAUGCACAAGAAGCAAGCCAGGAAAUGCCAAAGGAAUGCCAAUGAUGAGGACCAGACUCAAGGAGAUGAAUGUCUGGAACAUUCAGAUCAGGAAUCAAAGCCAAAGGAGCAUGAAGAUGAUGGUCAUGCCACAGAAAACCCACAAACAGCAACAGAUGUAGAAAGAUGUUUAACAGAGAACAGCGAAACAAACAGUGAAGUCAGAUCUAAUGAUCAGCAGCAUGACACACCUGGUGCAUUUGAGGAGCAGCAGCAGGCAUCAGAAGAUGUGACACUCAGUAAAGGAGCUAAUCAAAGUUCAGAGGUGGAGAAAACAGAUGUAGGCCAAGUGAUUGAUAGUUCCAUUCACCAUGAAAACAAGGCAUCAAAUAUUUCAGAAGUGCAGGAAGCCACAGGGAGUCACAAGGAAAAUGAUAGAAAAGAAUCUAAAAAAAGUGGAAAAGGGAAAGGAAAGGGCAAGGGGAAAGAAGAAUGUAAAAUGUCUUAAUACAAGGAUGUUGCUGAGUGUCUUUACUCAGCAUCUUCUAUUCAACAAGUAACAUUGCACUUAUAGGUCUUAAUGAAAUUAUUUUGGGACCAUAACUUCAGAGAACCUUAGAAAACCAAAGUUGUCUUACAGUCAAGCCCAAAUAUCAGUCACCACAGCUGUUUCAGCAAGCUUAUUUUAUACAUGAAUGUUUUACACCUGAUUAACAAUACUGAAUGAACUCUGGAAAUUAGGAAAUUAGGUCAAACAAUAUGUAAAAUCUAAAAUAAAUUGCACAUUUAAUGGUAGCAGUAAUAGGUAUAAAGUGUCAUAUUUAUUUAGAAAUUUUACACCAGCAUGAAUAAAAUGUUUCUCAUAAUAUGUAAUUAAUACAUUAUUCUGUUUUGGAAAUUACCACCUUUCUGUCUAUGCUGCGGUCAUGUUUAGCAGCUUUCUAAUUACAGUAUUUUCUGUUGCAAAGAACCCAUAAUGUACUUUGUAUGUUGUAUGGAUGGUAUGUUGUUCCAAAUGUGGUAAAUAAUUAAAAAAAAAAAAAUGUUAUUGUGUGCCAACCCUAUUAAAUAUUCCUCUAAGGAUUUGACAGGAGUGUUGUAGUUCUUACUUUGUUUUUUCAAUUAAUUUUUUGAGAGAUAUAAUUGAAAACCAGCAUUUCAUUUUAAUUAUGUUUGGUGAAGAUGGUGUUGGAACAUUGAGUCCUAUGUUAAUUGAACAUCUAUGUUAAAAUAAAAUGAAUAAAUUAAAAAUAUAUAUUUUAAACUUUUGUUGUUGAUUGUGCUGUUUUAGUAUAUUUUAGUAAUAAUUUAAUUUACCAGCUAACUGAAUAAGCUUUUAUAUAAUGAUAGAGGACAUUUAAUUAAACUGCUUUAGAUAAGAAUAUAUACAAAUAAAACUGUGAUUUAAAGUUUAAUUUUUAUGUCAUGAAUUAUAGGAUGUUUUUCUUCACACUCAUUUGAAUAAGCUCAAGUAAGCUCACAAUCAAAACACUGACAUGUAAUAAAUGUAUAGAUUGAGUGAAUCCUGAGAGAUUUGACUGCAUGAGGCUGAGGCCUCUGAGGUCACUGAAGUUUCUGCAUGUUGUCCAUCCUCAUCCUUCACAUCCCAGCAUAGGAUAGCCUCACUUUUGCAUGCCCUGACUCUUCCCCCUCCAUGCCUUUGGCUCCUCCCACCCCUGGUAUGUUAAAAAAUUUCCUGUCUAACCUUGGAAUAUUUUAAUAUAUGAAUGUAUUUUAUUAUUGCGGAAUACUUUUUUUAAGUUUUACUAGAGUUGUUACAAAAUUGUGAGUAUGAAUGUACCCUAAGGAGGUGUUGUUAUUACCCCCCCCCCCCCCCCC